UGCAAGACUAUAUGAAGUUCCCCGUCCGAGCUGAGAGACUGUCACUUCUGGGCGGGAAACAAACUUUUGUUCAUUCAUUUGAUUGGAAAAAAGUUGCCAAAUGUUUCCUCUCCUGUUCUUGGCUUAUGUUGUAGCCAUCAAGGUAUACAAGAAGACUACCCCAAAUGGGAAAGUCACGGUAUACCUUGGUAAAAGGGACUUCAUCGAUCACCUGGACAGCGUAGAUCCCAUCGAUGGUGUUAUUGUUGUUGAAAAUGAUUAUCUUCAAGGACGAAAAGUUUAUGGACAGGUGACAACGACUUUCCGCUAUGGCCGCGAAGAGGAUGAGGUCAUGGGUGUCAAAUUCAGCAAGGAACUCGUCUUAUGUCGCGAGCAGAUAGUGCCGAUCAAGAAAGAGAAACAAGAUAUGACACCUGUACAGGAACGUCUUCUCAAAAGGCUUGGAGAAAAUGCUUUUCCUUUCUUGUUCCAAUUCCCACAGAGCUCUCCCAGCUCUGUCACACUCCAACCCGGCGACGACGACCAAGGAAAACCGUUGGGAGUCGAUUACACUGUCAGAAUAUAUGUCGGCGAACACGAAGAAGAUAAGGGCCAUAAACGAUCAUCCGUGGCACUGGCGAUUAAGAAAUUGCAAUACGCACCACCGACAAGGGGACGUAAACUUCCCAGCUCUCUCGUUUCCAAAGGAUUCACCUUCUCUCAGGGCAAAUUAAAUCUUGAAGUUACGCUUGACAGGGAAAUUUACUACCACGGAGAAAAAGUAGCUGCAAACGUUAUCGUUACCAAUAAUUCUCGCAAAGCGGUGAAGAACAUCAAGCUGUUUGUAGUACAGCACUGCGAGGUCACAAUGGUCAAUACUCAAUUCUCUCGGCAUGUGGCGAGCUUGGAAACACGCGAAGGAUGUCCUAUCACACCUGGUGCAUCUUUCACAAAACAAUUCUACCUUGUACCAUUAGCUAGCAGCAAUAAGGACCGACGUGGUAUUGCUCUUGACGGACAUCUGAAAGACGAUGAUGUGAACCUUGCAUCCUCGACUAUGGUUGCCGAGGGUAAAACUCCUGGUGACGCUAUGGGUAUUGUCAUCUCCUACUCCGUGAGAGUGAAAUUGAACUGUGGUACCUUGGGUGGUGAGCUGGUUACAGAUGUUCCGUUUAAAUUGAUGCAUCCUGCUCCAGGAGCUGCAGAAAAAGAGAGGGCCAUAUUGAAGAAGAAUAAGAGCGUGGAAAGAACACGCUACGAAAAUUCCUGUUAUUCUAACGACGAUGACGACAAUAUCGUGUUCGAAGACUUCGCUCGCUUACGUCUGAACGAACCAGAAUAAAUCAUUUUUAAAAAGGCAAUUAUUUAUGUCAAAAGAAUCUUAGACUCUAGAAUAGGUUACAGUACAUUUAAUUCAGGAAUCAAUAGAAUUGCAUUAAGUAGUGAAAAUUGCAAUACAAUGUAUAUAAUUAGAUCGCGUUGCCUCUAGGAUUCUUUUGAUGUAAUUUAACUGGAACACUGAACGAAGAAUAAAAUGGUGCAGAAAGUAAAAUUACUUGCUGUACCAAUUCGUCUGCGCAGCGACAUGUGGAAGUAAAUAAAUAUUAAUGUAAAAAAAAAUGUGGCAAAAAAAAAUACAAAAAAAAGCGAAAAG